UUUCUCGCUCGCUCUUUUUCAUUCUUAAAUUUGUGUGUCAUUGAUUUUGAUAUAUGGUCAUAGUUUUACAAUACCGACAACAACAUUGAAACAGCGAUUGUUUCAAUGAUAUUUGAUGUAGUCAGACGCAGAAACAAAGACUACGACAACUGAAAAAGCAUUUACGUAAAGUGAAUGAAUAUACAAGGGAAAAAGCACACAUUCAAAUCGAAAGAAACAGAAAGAGAAGGAUAGAAGAAGCGAGAAAAAAAAACUACACACAGAGAGCAACAAAAAAAAAGAGAAGAAGAACGAACAAGUAAAGAAAGACCAAAGUCAAAACGAUAAAACAAGCCUGAAAACGGAAAAAUCAGACACACACACAUCGGUUAGCGGGCCAGAGAGCGAUCGAAGGAGAUAGAUACAAGAAGCAAAAAUAUUAUUAUAAUAUUGAAAAAAAAAAAAAAAACGAAAGAACGAACGACAUGCUGAAAACCAGUUAAACGUGCGAUGUCAACGACAACAUGUAAUGUGCGUGGCAAACAAUCAGAUGGAUUGAUACAAAAAGUUGGACCAAUGAAAGCCACAAUUCCAAUGUCAUCGUUGCUUCGGCCACUGAACAGUGCUGGUCUUACAUCAACUCAGUCAAAUCGGCUUUUUAGUGCAAUGUCACCGCCUAUGCGGCUCAUUUCACCCGAUCACAGUAGCUCCGGUCAUCGUAGUCCUGGUGCCAAUAACUAUUAUAAAGGCAAAACACAUUUAUUAGACAGUGCAACUUUGUCAUCAUGCAUACGACGCACAGUAAGUCUGGAUGCACUUAUUCCAGCCAAAUCAACCGAUGUCGCUAAUAAAACGCAUCGAACAACUACUUAUACAAUACUACAAUUGGACAAAGCAACGCAAACUGAUGAAUCUUGUAUUUUCGGUAUCGAUUCAAAUGUGGACUUUUCAAUUGAUUUGUCCACAAAUAAAUCGGAAAAAGUUUUACGGCAAAGAUUACAACGGAUUCAACAACGAACUGGAGAGCAUUCCGUUAGUUCACAAACUUUAAGCCCGAUUCAAACGAGUCCAGUAUUGAUACCACCGCGAUCAUGUGCGACACAUCGUCCAAUGCGUAGUUCAGUUGAAGGAUUGAAUCAAGAGAUUGAAAAACUUGUAUUAGUACCUGGUCAACCACACUCUUGUCGACCAGAAUCUAGCCAUUUUACUCGUGGUAUACCUGAGGGUCAUCGAGCGCCAUUAGCUGAUAUUUUGCACAGUGAUACUCGAUCGGUUAAUACUCAAACGCCAAAUCGAGAUUUAUUAUCUUCAGAUGAAAGUCAGAGCACAUCACCUGAUGAUAAUGUAUCGUCAGAAGCUUCGCCACGUAUUAAUCGAUUUCUAGCCCGAUUGCCACCUGAUGGUUGUGAGAAAGUAUGCUUGAAGUCAAGUGAUACAAGUCAAGAUCAUCUGUCUCCAUCGUCAGCCAUAUUUAAGCCACCGGUUGGUUUCAAAUUGCGCCCAUCAUUGGGAUCGGCAUUUCAGCCGCUUCAACCGAUACCAAUAUCGGCUGGAGCUGUAUCGUCUGCCAUUGAUGAUAGUAGCAUUACCGAUGCAUCAAGUACAACUCCGAAUUAAUUUUCUUAGUCACUUAUUAGCAAACUGUAAAUGGACAUCAAUUGCCAUUCAUUCUUCAUCUGCUGCUUCUGUGAGAUAUAUAGUGCGUGUGCGCUGCAGAUGAUCAAAAAUGAAAACAAAUUCAACAUACAAACACAAAGCAUGUAAAUUGUUUUCAAACACAUCCAAAAGCAUGUUCAUUUCCAAAAAAAAAGGAAUAUUUGUAGUUUUUAACUCAUAAACAAGAGUGCAACAAAUGAACAUUUUGUAAAUUUUCAUACAACACGGAAAAAGAAAUCCAUUAUAUUAUUUUAAAAUAUUUUUUUAUUCAUAUGAAGAAGAUAAAAAUACGAGAAAAAGAAAAUUGUUUUGAGGAAAUGAGACCAAAUCGGAUAUAACAAUAAUAAAAAUAGGCAUGAGAUAUCGGUCUCAUUGGGAAUUUAAUGAGCAAUGGUCAUUUUGAGAAAAGUCA